CUGGAGGACUUCGAAGAUCUAGAAGCAUACUAAUGUAUCAAGAAGCGAGCUCAAAGAAAUCAGUUGGUUUUCCCAAGCUCAUCAGUCAGAUAUUGAAUAUUAGAUGUGAACGAGUUUAGUUUGAAGGACAAUGUUCAUUGCACAUUAAGCUUAAGUUCGAAGCUUUGUUCUUCGUGGCCCUUGUUUUUGCUUAUGAAACAAGUGGUACUAACGACUGUCUUAGGUCUUCCAGGAAGUGGGAAAAGUACAUUAUGUGAACGUCUGCAUCAGUUAGAAACAAAUGAUUGUUCAAUUUUGUGGCUAGAAUAUGAUCAACUUGUUCCAGCACAAAUGCUCUCUCUGAAAGCAAAUAAUUCUGAUUGGAAGGCUUGGCGUCAAGCUGUUGUUGGUUGUUUGGAGAAGCUGUUAGCUUUAUGGAAGGGUUUUGAGAUUAUACACGAUCUGAAUGAAAAGGAACAAGUUAUUUGGUUGAGGAUAAACAUAUACUCUACUUUAGAUGCAAAAGAUGUCAUAGUUUUACUAGACGACAACUUCUACUACUGUAGUAUGCGUCGUUCAUUCUAUAAUUUAGCAAGAAAGUACUCAUGUAGUUAUGCGUCAAUAGCUUUUCAAUGUGCGAUGGAUACUUGUAUCCUUAGAAAUCGCUCCAGGCCAAGUCCAGUUCCAGAUGAUACUAUCCAUAAAAUGGAGAGAAAAUUCGAGUGGCCAGAUCCAGUUAACAAUUUAUGGGAGAAGCAUACAAUCACAAUCAGUUCCGUUGAAGAGAAUGUACAUAGUCCUGUCAGUUUGCUUAAUUUUUUAAAACUGUUGUUGAACCAACCGAUUCGAAAUGAAGAUUCUGUAAAAAAUGAGGAGAAAAACAGAAGCAGGCUUAUUAAUCUAGAUAAUUUACUUCAUAAUGUGGAUAUUCACUUGAGAAAAGUCACAAAUCACACAAUAAGAUCUAAAGGUACGUUUAUCGAUCAAUUUUCAUUUACUUCAGAUUGUUUGUGGAGAACUCAGUAUGCAAAAGUGGCGUCGGAUAUUAAAGUAGAGUGUUUACAAGAACUGCACAAGACCAUUCCCGGAGGAAAUUGCAUUUGGACAAUUGAAAACUGGCAACAGUUUGCAGAAGAACUAUUCUAUGAGAAACUUGAUGAGGUUCUUAAUAAGAAAGUAACAGAUGAUUAAGAGCAAAUUGACUGAAAAAAUAGUUGUGGAAAAAUAAUUGUAUAAGUACUUGAGUAUACUUUGAGAUACCCAGCAUUGUAAUCCAUGUAAUCACAUUUAUUUUGUUGUAUAUACUUCGUCUAUAGGUUUAAUUUGCCAUAAUAUAAAUGUAUUUCAUUGACAAUGUAGAAGUGACUUCGGUCUUCCUAAUGUUUAACUCUUCUUUUUAUUCUGCAAGUGAAAUAUUAAGUUACUAACUAAUUAAUUUAUUGGAAAGCUCCACGUUUGUCUUUAUUUCUGAUUCACCAUGCAUACUACGGUAAAAUACUAAUCAAGAAAUAAAUGAAUGGUAAAAUUGCUGAUAAUGAUCACAAUAUAUACGUUAUUGUGUUGCCUUGGCUGUUCAUCUAAGUAUUCGUAUAUGGACCAGUUUCGAAUUCGGCGCUCAGUGAUUAAAGUCAGUUCCGCAAAGCAAGAUACCGUAGUUCUUUAACUGGCUUAACAAGUCGUCCAAAGAUCGUUGAUAUCUAUCCUGGUUAAUCAAUGAAAGUCGUGUGUAUAUUUCCAACUCCUCAUGGAUUGAUCUUGAACCUUAAAAUUUUUAUGGGUUGGAAUUAAAUGUAUGAAACAGUUAUUUUGAUUGGCUGCGACAUUUUAAAUCGUAAGACAUUAGUAAAUUGAUUUUCUAGAUUAAAUUAUGGAUAAAUCAGUUGUGAAGUGACUUAGUUUAUUUGACUUUGAACUACUGAGCAAUGUAGAGUAAAUCAAUAUAUUAGUGAGUUUAUUGAGAUGUUAUCCAGUUGGAACUUAG